CGCACCACCACACCAACCCCAAAAACGACCAACAUGGCCAAAGAAAAGUCCAUCAACCCCGCCGCCGCCCAACACAAGGCCGACAAGGCCCGCGCCCUCAAAAAGUCCAAAGCCGCCGUCGCGUCGCAGCGCAACGAGCGGCUCGCCAAGCGCAACCCGGAACGCCUGCAGCGGCAGAUCGACGACCUCAAGGAAGCCGAACAGGCAGGCUCGCUACGGCCCCGCGACCGCGAAACCCUCAACCAGCUUGAAAAGGACGUGCGCGCCAUCCGCAAGGCGCGCGAGGAGCUAGGCGACCGGGCGCCGCAGUUUGGCGGCUAUGGCGGCGGGAGGGAGCGCGGCGAGGGCGGCCGUGGCGGCCGUGGUGGCGGCAGGGGCAGAGGCGGAGGCAUACUAGGCAAGAGGCGGCGAGACGGAGCAGCAGGCGACAACGACGAAGACGGCGAGAGCAGCGCAUCCGACGACGAGGCGCGCCAUAUCCCCAUGCCGCGCGACACGCCGCCGCCCAUUCCGCGCAAACAACACCAUCGCGGCGCCGCCGUACAAGCGGAGGCUUCCGAUGCGCCAAAGGGCCCGCACCCGCUGCCGUCUAAGCCCGCGCCCGCUGUCCCCGUCCAGACUGUCUACGAGUCCGCGCCCGUCAUCCGCGACCUGCGCAAGGAGGCUACAUCACGCUUUGUGCCUGCGGCUGUGGCACGCAAGACGGCGGCGGCUAAGGGUCAACGGCCGGGCCAGCUGCUCGAGCCCGAGGAGCUGGAUCGUCUAGAGAAGCAGGGUUAUGGCGGCGAACAAAAGGAGCGCAAUCAGCAAUUGGUGCAGGACAGCCGGGCCGAAGCCGAAGAGGCGGUCGAGGCGGCAGUCGAGGAGGCCGAGUUCAAGAUGAUGAAUGCCGAGGCACAGGCGGGGGACUUGGACGAAGAGGAAAAGCGGUUUGAGCGCGAAUUGCGCAACGUGGAGAUGGAGGAGGUGGAAGACGAGGAGUUUGGGCAGGGUGGAUAAUGAGGUGUGCCUACUUUCGUACAUGCAGUCGGCCAAAAACAAUACACGGAUG